GAAUAGCAGAAGCUACGCGCGCCAGGCAUUGAAACCUUUUGUCUUUUUGAAUGCAUUAAAUUUUAUAAGAAUGGAGGAGAAAAAACACGUUGAAAAUGAGCAAUUGAGGGAAUCUAUGUACCUGAAACCAGGAUAUCAGGAAGAACCAUGCAGUUUACAAUACUACUUUGAUCAAAUGGCAAUGUGCUUGACAGUUACUUCGCAGAUUCGACAUUAUUACCGGUAUGGAGACUAUAAUAAGUGUAAAGGAGCUUUUACAGACUUUAAGUGGUGCUUGUCCACAAAAUCGAAAAGCCCUGAAGAGGAGCAGAAAAUGUUGCAAGAACGUCGAUUGGAUCAAUGGGUAAAACUACGAGAAGGACCUAGCAGUGAAGACAUAUGGAAUGUACGGACCCAACCAAAACACUAGGGGUCGUUUUUGUUAUUAUUGGAAUAUUCAUUUAAAAGCAACAUGUUACGGUAAAACGAUUUAGGUGUAUGGAUUACUUGGUGUGAAUUUGGAAGCGAGUCUUUGAUUCCUUUUCUUGACGUUUGCUAAUGAAGGUAAUUUCUACUAUAGUCAAGUCUGAUGUAGAAAGUUACAUGGAUUAAGUAAGACAAAGCAUAUGAUAACCGGUGAUUCCUACAGUCACAAUAGGGAAGGAUUAUGUGGAGAAAGAUUUCUUACAUGAUUAAUAACAAGGAUGGGAUUAUCAUUUCGAAGAACUGUGUGAUGUGUAUAUCCUCCCAAAUGGAACUCUGAUUAAAAUAAGCAUUUUGCUUCAUCCAGGGUGAAGCAAUAAUUUAUGAAUGUCUCAUCUCGCACCAAGAAAUCAGAGAGAAGAUUAGCAAUUGAAUGAACGAUUUCAGCAACCGACCAAAAUGUCUGGGUUAUGUAGAUUGAUUAAACUCAUCAUCAUAUUCCGGUGCGCGUUUUCGAGACUUGAUUAUUGUCGAAUCAUUAUUUAUUUUCUUUAAUUGUUCCAAAGAUUUGGUUCUACUUAUCCAAGUUGGCUGUAAACAUUAAAAAAAAAAAAAAAAAAAAAAAAAAAAAAAGGUAUAGAAUCAGAACCUUUACAGAGUGAACUGAUCAAAAAUACAUCUCGGGGAAGCAUGCAAUCUCCUCAAAAUAUUUUUUAAUUUUCCAUAUUCUCUACAAAUAAACAAAUUCAAAUUCAAGCUACUGUUCUUGCUUUUGCUCGUAAACCCAAGGUUAGCAAUCCAUGAUUUGAAGCUUUACGCUUGCACAAUCAUAAUUUCAUACUUACUUAUUAGAAACAAUGUUUUAGUUGUUUAAGGUCUUUAGCGU